AUUUAUUUCCCUCAACAGGAUAUAAAUAAAAAGAAAAGUGAUUUCUCUUCCUCUCUUUUUUAUUGCAACUCAACAUGGCUUCUUCUAGUUUUAGUUACGGCACAAGAUCUAAAACAAUCGAAGUUCCUCUUCAGCAUGAACAAGUACUUGAAGUUGUCUGUAAUGAUUUACCUGCGAACCCCAUUGAAUUAACAGACAUCUUUCGUCAAGAGUUUGUUGGACUUCCAUAUUACCGAAUGCUUGCGACAGAAUAUUAUGAACAAGAUAAAAUAGAGCAAAGCAUAGCUGUCAUUCAGGCGGCUUUGACUAUGGCAAGUCAAUCAGCGCAUACUCAACCACGGCAGAAGCUUCCACUGUUGACUUUAAUCGCAACACUUCACCUCCGUCUUGCUAGAAAACAAUCAGAUGAAAAUCAGCGACAAAAACAUAUAGAUGAAGCUACUCAAUAUGUUAAUGAAGCCGAUCGUAUUCAUAAUCAAUAUGAGCCUACAUUUAUUGUCAAGGGCAAUUUGUAUAUACUUUUACGAAAGGUAGAUGAAGCUGCUCGUUCGUUCAACAUGAUUCUCGAAAAGCGCCCGAACUGCAUUCCUGCCCUACUGGGUCGAGCAAAAAUUCAAUACCAUUUACAACAAUAUAAAGCAGCUUUAAAGAGCUACCAGGACGCUCUACGAUACUCACGAGGCAGGUUUUCAGGAGUAGAGAUUCGGUUGGGUAUUGCACAGUGUUUUGCACAGCUAAAGAUGUAUCCUGAAGCUAAAGCUGCAUUAAAAAGAUGCACCGAAGUGAGCUCAGUACCAAAUGCAACUGCGUUGAUUAUGCUGUCUAUAUUGGAAUUGAAUGAAUCAAAAAAGCUAGAAAAUGGCCCCCUGCAACAAGAAGCCAGCCUGCGUCUUGGCCUUCAACAUAUGCAGCAAGCACACCGGGCAAAUAUCAGUCAUCCUGUGACGUUAAACAUGAUGGCAGAUCAUUUCUUUUUGACACAUAACUUUGAAAAGACAAUAGCGGCCGCUUCUAAAGCAAUAGACGCAGCUUCUAAUAAUAUAACAAAGGCUGAAUCAUCUUAUCAAAUUGCAAGAACGCAUCAUCAAAUGCAGAAUUUCGAAGACGCACACAAAUUUUAUGCCCAAGCUCUUGAAUUAAAUCCUGAUCAUUUGCUAGCACAAUUUGGUAUGGGUCAGAUGCUGUUAAAAAGAGGAGAGCGUAAGCCGGCUAUUGAGAUAUUCGAAAAGAUUCUCAAAGCUGAACCUGAAUGUGCUGAAGUAAUGAAGAUACUUGGUUCAUUAUAUGGACUUGUUGGCGAUAAGGAAAAAUCAGUCGCAUUGUUUGAUAAGCUUAUGGAGCAUACAAAUGAAGAUCCUCUUUUAUGCAUGGAGAUUGCGGAAAUGCACGAAGAAAAAGACGGUGCUUUAGCAUUAAAAUAUUAUCAACAAGCCCUUAAACUCUUGGAUGACUUACCCAAAGAUGACGAGUUUGCUCAGAAGCGAGUGAAAGAGAUUAGACCACAAUUGUUGAAUAAUAUUGCUGUUAUGCACCAUACACUAAACAAUUUUGCUGAUGCUGAGCAUUAUUACGGUCUCGCCAUUCAAUCAACCGAAGCAAGCGAUGAAGAAGAAAAGAAUUUGAAGUUGACAAUGAGUUAUAAUUUGGCAAGGUUAUAUGAAGAAAAAUUGGAAACAGAAAAGGCUACUGCCAUAUACACAAAAUUAAUAGAAGAUUAUCCCACUUAUGUCGAUGCUCAUUUACGAAUGGGAGCCAUCGAACAAUCGCUUGGUAGAUCAACGGAAGCCAUUGAAUAUUAUAAAGAAGUAUUUGAUACUGAACCAAUGGAUGCAAAGGCAUGGAUCAUGAUCGGUCAAGCACAAGCACUUACUACUGAGAAAUUAUCCAAACGAUCUUUUGAAAAGGUUUUAAGAGACUGCGAUAAAGACGAUUUAUAUACACACGUUGCCCUCGGAAACUACCAUGCUGCUACUGCCAGAGAAUUAAAGUCUGAAAAGGCCAAACAGCAAAGAAUUGAGUCAUAUAAGUUGGCAGUUAACUUUUAUUCGCAGGCGUUAAGAAGAGACCCUACUAAUGUAUAUGCUGCUAAUGGUUUGGCUAUUACCAUUGCUGAAAAUGGCCACAUUGAGCAAGCAAGAGAUUUAUUUAACCAAGUUAGAGAAUCAAAUGUAGGAAACUCUAGCGUAUGGGUUAACUUAGCACAUAUUUUUGUUGAAUUGAAGCAAUAUAGACAAGCUAUUGUUAUGUAUGAAAACUGUUCUAGAAAAUUUUUCAACAAUAAGGAUAUCAAUCUGCUUCUCUGUCUCGCAAGGGCACAAUACAUACUUGCUAAAGCAGAGAAAGAUCAUGAAGCAAUGCACGAAUCAUUAAAGAAUACUGUGAAAGCACUUAGCCUGUGCCCUUCGGACAAGACAACUUUAUAUAACCUUGCUCUCGUUCAGCAAUCAUAUGCUCAACAAAUUGCAGAUUUGACUCAAGAGCAGCGCGAUUCAAAAAGCAUGCGUCGCGCUCUCGAAUACCUAGACUUCGGACAACGUACAUUCCGCCAAUUGAUCAGUGUUGAUGAACAUACCCUCUAUGACAAAAAGAUCGUUGAGCAGCGUGAACGAUAUGGUGAAACACUGCGAACUCAGUUGGAGAGAAAGCUAGCAGAACAAGUUCAGUUUGAGGAACAAAAAAGAGAAAAGCUGGAGCUUGCUAAAAAGAGGCGAGAGGAAGAUAUUGCUAAACAGCGUGCGAUAGAAGACGAGAAACGUAGACUGGAACAAAUUGAAAGAGAAAAAAUGGAAGAAGCACGUCGUAAAUUGAUGGAAAAGGUGCGAGAAGAUAACUUGAUGAUGGCCAGUUUACAAGUAGAUGAAGAUGAUAUUGAUGAAGAAAAGAAAUCAAGUAAGCGAGGUAAAAAGCGAAAGGAAAGAGACGAGGAACAACCUGAAGAAGAAGAUGAAAAAGAUGCAUUGUUAAGAAAGAAGGAUAAAAAGAAUUAUCGAACAAAACGAAUAAUCGAAGAUUCUGAAGACGAGGAUGAAUAAUUUGUAAACUAAUGAUAUAUAGUAUUUUAUUUCUUUUUGUGAAUUUUGCGAAUAAAGUGACAGCCUUGGAAUAAUGACCAAAAGAGAAAAAAUAACAAAGAUACUAUGAAUAUAAACAGCAAUAUAAUGUCAAUCAUGUUAUAUCUUGUCAUUUUACGUAAUUUAUUAUACUGAGAGAGUAAGUGAACUACGAGUCCCAAAUUGAGACACAGC